UCGAGUACCCCCAGCAAAGCCCGAUUCUUUCUCUUUCCGCGUGUUAUUUCAAGAUGAAGGUUCGAGGACAGUUAAGGGAAUUUGAAGUGAUCGGGCGUAAAAUGCCCUCAUUAAAGGUGUCUGUCCCACCCUUGUACAAGAUGCGCAUCUUUGCACCUGACGAGGUUGUAGCCAGGUCCAAAUUCUGGUACUUUAUUUCUCAACUGAAGAGAAUGAAAAAAUCCCAGGGGGAGAUUGUCUCAUGCAAGGAGAUCUUUGAGAAGAAACCCUUGAAGAUCAAGAAUUUCGGUGUUUGGUUGAGAUACGAUUCAAGAAGUGGAACCCACAACAUGUACAGGGAGUACAGAGACUUGACUGUCACCUCWGCUGUAACAGCUUGUUAUCGUGACAUGGCUGCCAGACAUCGUGCCCGAGGUUCCUCAAUUCAGAUUAUGAAGGUUGAGAUAAUCCCAUCAAGCAAGUGUCGCAGACCUCAUGUCAAGCAGAUGCAUGACAACAAAAUGAAGUUCCCWCUUCCUCACCGUGUCAUGAAGUCRCAGUACAAGUCGAAAUUUGUGGCCAAGAGGCCCAACACUUUCUACUAAAACUGUAAUGACACCAGAAAAAUAAAAAGAAUUUCCCUUAGAACUACAA